AUGGGCGAGGCUGUUAACUUGACAGAGGAAGAACGAUGCCAUGUUAUCAAACAAUAUGUUGACUCAGUGAAAAAGUAUCAUACGAAUCUCAAGGUAAUUGCAGGAUCUUUAGUCCAAAGUGCAAGAGCAACCAUUGCUUUUACUAAACAAGCUUCGGCAUUUGGUCCCAAUUUUGCCUUGGCCUUGUCUCCUUCUUACUAUCGCUCUAUGAUUGAUGAUGUUGUGCUUGUUGAGUUAUCCAAGCAUCAAAACAUAAUCGGCAUCAAAGAUACAGAUGGAGAUGUUGGUAAAAUGACUACUUUAAUUCACAGAAUCAACCCCAAAGACGUCUCAACAAAAUUCUUUCUGCCUAAAUUGUUUAUUGGCGCUGUUAGUUUGAUAGCUAAAUCAGGAAAUGUUUUCCUUGACCUUUGUGUUGAGAUCCAGAGGUUAUACGAAGAAGGAAAGAUUGAUAAAGCUGUUCAACUGCAGUGCAAGCUAGCUGAAGCUGAUGAUGCUCUGUGUAGAUGGUAG